AUGGAGCCACACACUCCCUCCUUUUACUUCCUUUAAAUACAUCCCCUCAAAUUAUUUCCUCUUCUUCACCGUCAUUUUUUCCAUUUUCCCUUCAGAGAAGCAACGAAUUUCUAUCUUUUAGAGUGAAAGUUAACGAAGAAGUAGCAGUUCUAGAGAAUUUUGGAAAUGGCAGGAAGGGUAGAUCUGGACGGAAAUACGAUUAAGCCGAUUACAAUAUGUAUGAUUGGUGCCGGAGGUUUUAUUGGCUCGCAUCUAUGUGAGAAAUUGAUGUCGGAGACGCCGCACAAGGUGCUCGCCGUCGAUGUUAGCAAUGACAAGAUCAAGCAUCUCCUCGAACCGGCUACUCUCGCCUGGGCUGAUCGUAUUGAGUUCCACCGUAUCAACAUUAAGAACGAUUCUCGUCUUGAAGGCCUUAUCAAGAUGGCAGAUCUGACCAUCAAUCUUGCUGCGAUCUGCACUCCAGCUGAUUACAACACUCGUCCACUUGAUACUAUUUACAGCAACUUCAUUGAUGCUCUUCCAGUGGUGAAGUACUGCUCAGAAAAUGGAAAGCGUCUUAUUCACUUUUCCACCUGUGAAAUUUAUGGGAAAACAAUAGGAGCCUUUUUACCCAAAGACAGCCCACUGCGGCAGGAUCCUGCAUACUAUGUGCUUAAGGAAGACACCUCCCCUUGCAUUUUUGGACCUAUUGAGAAGCAGAGGUGGUCAUAUGCCUGUGCAAAGCAAUUGAUUGAGAGGUUGAUAUAUGCUGAGGGUGCUGAGAAUGGUUUAGAAUUCACAAUUGUAAGGCCGUUCAAUUGGAUUGGUCCCAGGAUGGAUUUCAUUCCGGGCAUUGAUGGUCCUAGUGAAGGUGUUCCAAGAGUGUUAGCUUGCUUUAGUAAUAACCUCUUAAGACGUGAACCACUGAAAUUAGUUGAUGGUGGGGAAUCACAGAGAACUUUUAUAUAUAUCAAGGAUGCUAUUGAAGCUGUUCUCUUGAUGAUUGAAAAUCCUGCGAGGGCCAAUGGUCAUAUUUUUAAUGUGGGCAAUCCUAACAAUGAAGUUACUGUGCGACAGCUAGCUGAAAUGAUGACUAAGGUCUAUUCGAAGGUGAGUGGAGAAUCUUCUCUUGAAACGCCUACCAUUGAUGUAAGUUCCAAAGAAUUUUAUGGAGAAGGGUAUGAUGACAGUGACAAGAGAAUUCCGGAUAUGACUAUAAUCAACAAACAGCUUGCUUGGAACCCGAAAACAUCCCUAUGGGACUUGCUUGAAUCAACACUCACCUACCAACACAGGACAUAUGCUGAGGCUAUCAAGCAGGCCAUGUCAAAGUCAACUGCAAAUUGAGGGAAGGUGGAGCAGUUGCCUCAUAUACGUUUAACUUCUUUUUGCCACUCACAUUUUGAAAAUCUAUAAUAGCUGAUGGUUGUAAGCAUCAUGUAUCCUAUGUUGUAAGUCGUGACAGCAGUCAUUAGGGAAUUGUGUCAUAGGUUGAUGUAAUGUUGUUACUAGAGAGACUUGCUAACAACAGUUAUCAGGCACUAAAAUGAAGGAAAGCCUGUAGUAAUGUCCUUUUAGUAUUGUGUUGUUCAUUCUUUUGAUUCUUCUGUAUGAGAAAGCAUCUUGUAUAAUUUUUUAGACCUGCUGUCUCCGGUAGUCAUUUGUU